AUGUCUUCCACCACCGCUACCCCAACCGCCAUCCCCGCCUCCACGCCCUCCCUCACCACCCCCCUCACUUUCCCCCCCGACUGCACCGCCCCGUCCGCCUGGUCCAGCACCCGCUGGGCCAACAACCAGAUCGCGUACCAGCUCGACAGCGGCGUGCACCAGUACACGUGCUACCCGCCGCGGUAUUCGAGUCUGCAGUAUGAGGGGAGCGGAUGGUAUAGUCCCGGUGUGUGUCCGGCGAGUUGGGAGUAUGUGGCGACGAGUGUGAUGACGGGGGAUUUGGGGGUGGUGAGGACGGGCGUGGUUUGUUGUCCGGAGGGAAUGCACACCUGGGGCGACAAGUUCAGCUGCACGCAAGUCAUCACCUCCGGCGGCAAGCUUACCUUCUCCGAGACGGGCGACGGCGCGACAGCUUUCGCAAACCCAGUAUCGGUGAUGUGGGAGGAGAAGGAUCUUAGUCUGUUCCAGCCCGCUUCGGCACCUGUUCUGGCACUUUCGAGUAUGGGCGUCACGUUCCCGGCCUCGACGGCAAGCACGAGCUUCCCCUCUCUAAUCCCGUCGUCCACGGGCAAAGGCUUCGGAGGCGCCCCAGCGACAAGCGGAACAGCAGGCGGUACAUCUACCGGGUCAGGCGACAGCUCGAGCAGCGAUUCCGGCCUGGCGACAGGCGCAGCAGCAGGAGUAGGCGUAGGAGCCACCGUCGGCGGUCUCGCGCUCAUAGCAGGCAUCUGGUGGUUAGUGCGCAAGAACUGGAAGGUGAGUCGCAGGGAACCCAGCAUAGAGAAGGGGGCAGGAUAUGAACAAGCGGGCGGGAUGGAUGAAGGGAGUCCGGACGAAGGGUUGGAAGGGAUGCCGCAUUAUGCUCAGCAGCCGGCGGUGAUUGCGGAGGCGCCGAAUGACACCGUCAGGCAUGAGGUCGCGGCGGAUACCUAUCGGGCGGAGCUGGAUGGGGGGUGGUAUGCGAGUGAGGUGGAUGGGGUGAGGAGUCCGAAGUAG